AUGAAGAAAGAGCAUCAGAAGAGAGGAGAGAAUAAAAGUCAGAUGAAGUACAAUCAAGUGUUGGAUCUCGGGAAUUCACAAGAAGACAUGUUGGAGAGGUUUGUUUGUAUGCAGACGGCAUAUCGUCAGUUUAUUUUGAAGGGAACGGUACAACUGACUGUCAAAGACUCUAUCUGGCCAGGAGGUCUGGCUGUCUGCCUGUCGCUCGCAGGCGACCCUUUUUUAUACAGGUGGAAAAUUACAUGGAAAAUUACUAGCCUUGCAGAAGAGCGAGAAUGUGUUCGUGUAAGUAGAGCCAUGUCACAAGGUGGAAGACCAGUGGAUGUUGACCCUAUUAGAGGGUUUGUUUUACUGAGAAACGCCUUCGGCUGGAAGAAGCCUCACCGUGAAACUGGCAUGAGAAGCUCAAAGGAUCUUUGUAAAUUUUGUACAAUGCAUAUGGCUCCACACCUUGCCGGAAAGGAGUCCAUUAUUCCAUCUAACAAGAUGGAAUACCUCCACUGUUAUCCAUUUAUUCAACUAUCCAUUGAUCUAUCCAUCUGUCGCACGCAUGCAUUCGAGUGUCAGUGUGCCUUAGAAAUCACAAUAUACUAUUGUAUAUUGUAUGUUUGGGAAACAGCAUACCCAAGUGAAGAGAGAAAGGCAGCCCAGGCAGAUGGUGUCGCAGCAGCCGAGGAUCUCCAUGGUGCAGCAGAGUCUGCAGUGCAAACGCAGCUUCCCCUGCAUCUCAGCCAACAGGAGCGGGAUGCACUGGCCAAGCAAGGAGUCCUCAUGGUGGAGGAUUCAGAUAGAGAUCCUAUGGAGGAUCAGGUCCAGAAGCAACAACUGCAACAGCAGCAACGAUAUCUUCAGGAGGAGCACAGCCAACCAAGGAAGAGUGUGCCUGCUAACGAAGUACAAGAACAAGAAAUGGACAAACUGAAAUUGGACCAGCAACAGGAACUGCAUAGAGAAAAUAAUCAUUUACAGGAUCACCAUAUGCGAGAACAGCAGAUUCUUCAGGAUCGCAUUCUCGCCAAUGAAAUGAAGGCCCAGCAGGCAGAGGAACAGAGGAUGAUAGAGGAGGUUGUCCGCCUGAGCCCUCCACUAGCACAAUCGCGCACCUCUAGUGUAUCUGUGGUGUCACGCACGUAUAAGGUGAACCGUGGAAUGACAUCUGCGAGCAACAGCGGCUCAAGUCGAGGGGUUGUCCUUCCUCGGAUGACAUAUGAAGGACUCUGGAAGAUGGGCGAGAACAUCUUACGCCACACCAUCAAAAAGGAGUUUCUGAACAGCAUCCCAGACACUGAUUUCACUCCUGGGGAAGUGGUCCCCCCUUUGCAGGUGCGCAGGGUCAUCAUCCUCUCCACCUGGCGCAGCGGUUCUUCCUUCCUCGGAGACUUGCUGAAGUCUUACCCUGGUACAUAUUUCAGUUUCGAGCCUCUGCACCAUUUGCUCAAGAAUCUUCACUUACAGGAAGGCCCCUUGGUUGACGUGGUCUUAAAUCUGCUGAGAAGUAUUAUGACAUGUGACCUUUCUCAGCAAGAGGAGUAUGUCAGCUACAUGCGGAAUAAUAGUUUCCUGAUGGACCACAAUACACGUGUCUGGAAUUCUUGCUCGAGAAACAGAGCGCUCUGUUUUGACAAAGAAUAUCUGUCUGCUGUGUGCAAGUACAUGCCUGUCAAUGUGAUGAAAACUGUUCGGAUGGGCUUGGCCCCUGUGAUCUCUCUUCUUCAGGACCCAAGCCUUGACCUGCGAGUGGUCCAUCUUGUUCGUGACCCUCGUGGCUCUCUCCAUUCUAGAAUGCAGCUGACCUGGUGCCAUUCUCAAGCCUGCAGUGACCCAGGCACUGUUUGUGGUGACCUCAUGACAGACCUGAAACUUUCAGAGUGGGUGAAAGAAAGAUUUCCAGACAAAUAUCUGCUAGUCCGUUACGAAGACUUGGGACUGCAGCCAGAAGAAACAGCAAGACGAAUCUUCAAAUUCCUGCAUCUGACGUUCCACAAAAGUGUCGCUUCCUUCGUGCGGGACCACACGUCGAUCAAUAGGAAAACCAAAAAGAAGCCGGGCACUUACUCGACAUAUAGAGACUCCAAGUCCACCACCUUCGCCUGGCGGGGAGCUCUCAAUUACACGACCUUAGAAGAGAUUCAGAAUGCCUGCCGAGAGCCCUUGAAUUAUCUCAAACUGAGGAUUUUUGAUACAGAAGAAGAAUUUGUGAAUGCGACAAUUCCAGUCCUAGUAGAGUAGCUGAUAUUAUUGUUACUCAUCAAAUUAUUGUCAACAACUGUUCCUUCCGUGUAUUCUUAUUCCCUGAUAUGCUGGUUAUAUAGAAGGUUACUGUAAUAUUUACACAUGUAACUGAUUUUUUCAACAUGCAUUUGCUAUUCAUAACUUUGAUACUGCGUUGAUGUUGGAAAUAUUACAAUUUGCAUAUCACGUUAUACACCCUUCUUCUGUUACAUAAUCAUAGCUCCUUUUCCGUGGGCAGUUCUCGAGGGAAAUCCCAGUAGAAAUAAUACUGAGAUGUGCUCAAGAUUUAUUGUAAUUGCGUUAUUCAAACGUAGAGUGGGUAAUGUUAAGUAAGUUAUACAUGCUAGCAACAGGGCAAAGUUGAUGUUGAUGAUGGUGAUAUACAUACAUACA